AUGCGCGCGAAUUUAUCUUUUACUCUUCGACGACCGUUUAUUUUUAAUGCUAAUGUACAGCGUAUUAUUCAAAAACAAUGUAUUUUUCAACAAACUUUACGACGACCCUUAAGUACUUCACUAAAACCAGAAUGCUUUGUCGAAGAUUUGGAAGGUGAAGAUAAAGGAAUUUCUAUAAUAAAUCUUAAUCGUCCAACUACAAAGAAUGCUUUCUCAAGAAAACUUGUAAGAGAAUUUAUUGACGUUGUGGACAACUUAAGAAAUAAAAGCGAUGUUCGAGUUGUUUUAUUGAGGAGUUUGGUAGAUCGUGCAUUUUGUUCAGGAGCGGAUCUAAAGGAACGAGUUAAUAUGUCAGAACCAGAAAUUAAAGAAUUCCUUCAAAAUUUGCGAGGAGCAUUCCGAAAUCUCGAAACACUUCUCGUACCAACAAUUGCUGUAAUUGAUGGCAUUUGUUUAGGUGGGGGACUUGAGUUGGCUCUGUGUUGUGAUAUGCGCGUUGCCGGUGAACAUGCUAGACUUGGACUUCCCGAAACUAGACAUGCUAUAAUACCAGGUGCUGGUGGUACUCAGCGGUUGUCACGCGCUAUUGGUUUUGCAAAGGCUAAAGAAAUGAUAUUUACAGGGCGGACAUUAAACGCAAAAGGUGCACUUGAAGAUGGGAUUGUUAAUUAUGCAACAACGGAAGGUUCAUCGAUAGUAUUUGCAAUGAAUAUGGCAAGAGAAAUUUUGCCAUGUGGACCAAUUGCCGUUCGUAUGGCUAAAUUGGCUAUUGAUCGUGGCGGACAACUUGAUCUGGAUUCUGCAUUGGAAUUUGAACAAGAUUGUUACGCUAAGGUUAUCCCUACAGAAGACCGAGUCGAAGCAUUGAAGGCAUUUAAUGAGAAAAGAACUGCUAUCUUUAAAGGAAAAUAA